CGCCCGCGGCGGCUGUCGUGACCGGCUGAGGGCGUGGGUGGCGCCGGGAGCCGCGCGGCACCGGGAAGAGGCCGAGUUCCAACACCCGGAGCGGGCGCCGUGGGGGCCGCCCUUGAGCGGCAGGUGCUCGCGGGUGGUGCGAGGCGGCGCCGAAGAUGUGUGGGAGAACAUCCUGCCACUUACCUAGAGAUGUUCUCACACGAGCUUGUGCCUAUCACGACGGGCAGGGCCAGCAGCGGCUCCCCGAGUGGAAGGACCCUGACAAGUAUUGCCCGUCUUACAACAAGAGCCCUCAAUCAAAUAGCCCAGUGCUUCUGUCUCGAAUGCACUUUGAGAAGGGUGCAGACUCAUCAGAGCGCAUCAUUGCCCCCAUGCGGUGGGGAUUGGUCCCAUCUUGGUUCAAAGAAAGUGAUCCUUCCAAGCUGCAGUUCAACACCACCAACUGCCGGAGUGACACCAUGAUGCAGAAGCGGUCCUUCAAGGUCCCUCUGGGCAAGGGAAGACGCUGUGUUGUUUUGGCAGAUGGAUUCUACGAGUGGCAGCGAUGUCUGGUGUCGAGCCAAAGGCAGCCGUACUUCAUCUACUUCCCCCAGGCCAAAGCAGAAAAGGAGGUGUCAUCAGCACUCCCAUCAGGAAGCAUUGGAGCCAUAAGCAGUCCUGAGGACUGGGAGGAAGUCUGGAACAACUGGAGGCUGUUGACAAUGGCCGGGAUCUUUGACUGCUGGGAGCCCCCAGAGGGAGGAGACCUUUUGUACUCCUACACCGUCAUCACAGUGGAUUCCUGCAAAAGCUUGAAUGAUAUCCACCCCAGGAUGCCUGCCAUAUUAGAUGGAGAGGAGGCAGUCUCUAAAUGGCUUGACUUUGGUGAGGUCUCAACUCAAGAAGCUCUGAAGUUAAUUCACCCCACAGAGAACAUCACCUUCCAUCCAGUCUCUCCCGUAGUGAACAACUCCCGAAACAACACUCCUGAGUGUCUGGCUCCUGUCAACUUACUGGUCAAAAAGGAGCCCAAGGCAAGUGGCAGAAGCCAGAUGUUGAGGUGGCUGGCCACAAAGUCACCCAAAAAAGAAGAUCCUAAAACACCCCUAAAGGCAGAGUCAGAUGUGCCCCAGUGGUCCAGCCAGUUCCUGCAGAGGAGCCCGUUGCCCACCAAGAGAGGCAGCGCAGGACUUCUGGAGAGGUGGCUGAAGCAGGAGAAGGAGCAGCCCCCUGUGGCCAAGCGGCCUCACAGCCAGUAAUGCAGGACUUUCAGAAACCAAGGCCAUGAUUUGCUGCAUUAAACACCAUGCUGAUAACAGGUU